UUCUUUCAGAUGAUAGAGCACCUUCUUUAAAGGUUCAUCUGGAACAAUGAAGACUCUUAGACCCAUAUGUUUUCUUGUUUUCUUCAGCUACGUUCAAUGUCAAACUCUUCUGAGAAGUUUACUAGCUGCAGCCUUGUGCCACAUUAAUAGCCAGAAUUAUCUGCAGGAGAACUUAAGAGACAUCGCCAGCAUUAUGGUUGCUCAGUUUCUUCAGAAAUUAACUUAUGAAGAAGUACAAACCGUAGCUGAAGAGUUGGUAGAUGUUGCAGAGAAGUGCAAGAUCCUCAAGUCACAUGAGUCACCAUCAGAAUGCUCUCACCAAUUGAUGACUAUGUUCCUAGAGCACAUUUGUAAUAACCAAGGAAAGGCUGACAAACAGAAGUUUUCUGACUGUUGCAAUAUAAAUAACAAAGCAAGACUCAAGUGCUUCCUAUUAUACAAAAAAGAUGAUGCAGAUUACAGUGAUAUAUUCCAAAUUCCAAAUCCUGAGCAGAUCUGUGAGAUGGACAAAGUGAAUCAAGUGUCAGUGAAGGAGAGAUACAUUUAUGAAACGUCUCGAAAGCAUCCAUUCUUGUAUGGACCCACUAUUCUGACCAUGUCUGCUUGCUAUGAAACAGCUAUUCAGUCAUGUUGCCAAGAAGAAAAUAAAACUGAAUGCUUCCAGAUAAAGCUAGAACCCAUCAGAAAAUACGUUAGAGAAAUAUCUUUGAGGCAUCACCAUUUAUGUGAAAUUGGGAUUAAAUUCAACCACAAAGUAGCAAAAGCAGUGGAAUUGGUUCUGCUGACUAAAAAACAACCCAAAGCUGACUUUUCUGAAAUUGCCAGGCUGGCUGUGGAUAUUAAAAAUCUGCAUCAGACGUGUUGUGAAGGAGAUGUAGUAGCAUGUGUACUUGGCAGGAGCCAGCUUAUGAACUAUACCUGUUCCGAGCAGUCGAUCCUCUCCAGCAAAAUCAGUCCGUGCUGUGCGCUGCCGGAGCCAUUUCGAGGGGAAUGUGCUAUCAACUCAGAAAAUGACGAUGAACCUGAUCUUCCAUCCUUGCCACUCAGCAGAUUUACAGAAGACCUAUUUGUAUGCGCACAGUUUUCCAACAAGCCAGAUGAUUUCCUGCAAGAGUUUCUUUAUGAAUAUUCAAGAAGACAUUCAGAACUGGCAGUUCCCGUGGUUUCAAGAGUGGAUACGGUAUAUCAAAAUUUAUUGGCAAAAUGCUGUAAAUUAGAAAAUCCUCUGGAAUGCUAUAGCCAUGGGCAAGAGAUGUUCCAAAGAGUGGUUCGUGAAAGCCGUGAGCAUGUAAAACAUCACUGUGAUUUACAUGAGAAAUUAGGAGAUGCUAACUUCCAUGACUGGCUCAUAAUCCUUUAUACUAAGAAAGCCCCACAACUAUCUGCUCAAGAGUUGGUUAUGUUCAUAAAGAACAUGGGAACUGCUGCCACCAAAUGUUGCCCCCUGAGAGAUGAGCAACAAUUUGCCUGCAUGGAGGACUCGGCAAAACUAAUUCUUGGAGGUUUACGCAGAAGACAUGAAGCAGAGCCUAUCGAUGCUGGUGUGGGCCACUGCUGUGAUGCCUCGUACGCCUUCAGGAAGCCAUGCUUUGAUGAUCUGCAAGACAAUGGAACUUAUAUUUCUCCACCUUUAUCCUGUGACCAAGUCAUCAACCUUAAAGAGAACUUGUGCAAAGCUCAGGAGGAGGAAUUCCAAACUGAAAAGCAAAAGUUCCUCAGCAACCUUGUGAAGCAGAAACCAUAUGCAACAGAGAUGCAGUUCCAAUCGAUGCUUGCAGAUUUCGCCCACCUGGUGAAGUGCUGCCAAACAGAGACAAGUGAAAUGUGUUUCCGAGAAGACGUAUCUCUGUCUCCUUGUCUUUUCUCUUAGCAUGCUUAGGAUUUACUGAAGUUAAAAAAAAAAAAAAAAGUUCUCCAUUCCAUUUGUGAGUGAAUGCGGAGAAAAUCACAGUCUAGAUGGAAUGGUGUAAUCGAUUAUAUUCAGCUUUAGGGUAUGUUAAUAUUUAUGUUUACUUGAGGAAACGAUCAGGGUUAGACACAGAUAGAGAUGAAUACCAGAGUCAGGACACCAGAUGGAGUGGAGAUGUUUAGGAUUCAGGGUGUGAGGAGGGAGGAUGGACUGAAGACUUGGGUAACUGUAGAGAAAUGGUGUCCUUGGAAUGUCAUGAAAUUUUAAAGAAAUAGCAGUUUAAAAACCUGUCUGGGCAAACUGUAGUUUUGUUCUAGAAAUUUCUGGGACACAGUCAGGAAUAGUCACCAAAUGUAGUUUGGGGCUUAACUAAGGAACCAGUGAAAAGGGUUUCAUUUUCUCAGUGGCCAGAAGAUCAUCAGAAUAGGGGUUGAAGAAUAGAGAGGAAAGAACAAUGACAGAACAGAGUAUCUGUGCACACCCACCAAACUGACUCCCAGCAGACUGUUUUCUGGAAUUCAUCUAAUUGCAUACAGUUAACAAGUAAAUGAUUUUCAUUUCAAGUAGGAGUUAAAUUUCUAAGAAUAUCAUGGUAGGAUGUGGCACAGAAAAUUCACAUAAAUUCACGGGGGUGGGGGUGUGUGCCUGGGUGGCUCAGUCGUUAAGCGUCUGCCUUCGGCUCAGGUCAUGAUCCCGGGGUCCUGGGAUCGAGCCCCACAUCGGGC